GUUGAGGCGUUGAAGUUGUACAGUGUGAUGUCCUAUUUAUUAUUAUUUUUGUUUUUUUUCUCGAUGAAAUACUGUAUAUUAAUUGUUUUAAUUAACUAAAUAGCAUUGUAAAUAUGUUAAAAUUUAUAGUUUUUUAUUUUUUCGCUAUUAUGAUUGAUGAUGUACUUUGCAUCACGGAAGAUUUUGACAUAAGCGGAUAUAUUGCUUAUUGUCCAUGCAUGGGUCGCUUUGGAAAUCAGGCAGAUCAUUUUUUAGGUGCAUUGGGAUUUGCAAAAGCUCUAAAUCGUACAUUGAUAUUACCUCCGUGGGUCGAAUACAGAACGGGAGAAACUAAAUCGAUUCAAGUUCCAUUCGAUAAGUACUUUAAUGUAUCUCAAGUAGCAAAUUGCCAUAGAGUAAUUCUAAUGGAAGAUUUUAUGAAGAAAGUAGCACCAAUCCACUGGCCGCCAUCGGAUAGAAUUUCAUUUUGUUAUUCAGCUCGUGGAAAAACUGAUUCCUGCAAUGCUAAAGAUGGCAAUCCAUUUGGUCCAUUUUGGGAUACAUUCGAUAUAGAUUUUGUAGAUUCUGAAUUUUAUGGACCACUGCAUUACGAUGUUCAUCACACGGAUAUGGCAUUUCAAUGGCGACAAAAAUAUACAUCUGCAAAAUGGCUAGUGCUAGCAUUUACCGGAGCACCAGCCAGCUUUCCAGUUCAAUUAGAGAAUAAAAUACUUCAAAAAUGUUUGAUUUGGAACAAUGAUAUUAUCAAUGAAGCAAAAUCAAUUAUUAAAGAAACUCUUCCGCCUGGAGCAUUCAUUGGAAUACAUUUACGAAAUGGAGUGGAUUGGGUAAGAGCGUGCGAACAUGUUUUAAGAUCCCCAAAUUUGUUUGCUGCGCCACAAUGUUUAGGAUAUAGAAACGAAAGGGGUAAAGCGACACAAGCAAUGUGCUUACCUUCUUUAGACUUAAUAACUCGCCAUUUAAAACGCGUUAUUAGAAAUGGGAGAAAUAUCAAGUCUGUAUUUGUUGCUUCUGACAACAAUUACAUGAUUUCCGAGCUAACCAAAGCCUUAGAACGAAUGAACGUCAAAGUGUUCAAACAAAAAGGAAAAAUUUCCCCACAUUUAGAUUUAGCAAUUCUUGGCAGAGCCAAUUAUUUUAUUGGAUCUUGCAUGUCUCCCUUCUCAGCUUUUGUCGCACGGGAAAGAGAAGUUAAAGGAUAUCCGAUAUAUUUUUGGGGUUUUCCACCAGAAAGGACUUCAUCAUCUAUAACACACGAAGAAUUGUAAUAUAAUUUGAAUAAUUAUAUAAAUAUGUGAUAUUAAG